GUGUCACCCAACUCGACUCACACAGCUCCAUCUGCUCCAGCAAUGAAGGGGCUCUUCCUCACCCUAAUCUGCACGACCAGCCUGAUGUCACUGGGAGCCUUCAAUGUGGAUGUGGCCUGGUCCUGGGUCACAGCACUUAAACCGGGUGCACCUUCUGUGCUCAGUUCCUUUCUGCAUCAAGACCCCAGCACCAACCAGACCUGCCUCCUGGUCACCAGGCGAAGCACCAAGAGGACUUCGGCACCCCUGUAUCGAUGUGCCAUAUCCACCAUUUCAGAUGAAAUUGCUUGCCACCCAGUAGAGAACAUCUAUAUGCCAAAGGGCAGUUACAAGGGAGUGACAGUGGUCCGGAACCACCAUGGUGUUUUGGUAUGCAUUCAGGUUCAGGCCCGGCAGCCCAGCAGCCUUAACUCUGAGCUCACAGGUGCCUGCAGCCUACUGAGCCCCAGCUUGGACUUCCAGGCCCAAGCCUACUUCUCUGACCUUGAAAGACUCCUAGAUCCAGGCCUCCAUGUGGAACUUGGUGGCUACUACAGAGGCAAAGGAGGCAGCCCAGGGGAGGAUAAGAAGCCAGCCAGAAGACCCCGGGGGGCUGAGGAGGAAGAAGAGGAUGAAGAGGAUGAAGAGGAAGCUGGCACAGAGAUUGCUAUUGUUCUGGAUGGCUCGGGAAGCAUUGAGCCUGAAGACUUCCAGAGGGCCAAAGAUUUCAUCUCCAACAUGAUGAGGAACGUCUAUGAGAAGAGCUUUGAGUGUACCUUUGCCCUGGUGCAGUAUGGGAAUGUGAUCCAGACUGAGUUUGAUCUUCGAGACAGCCGGGAUGUUAUGGCCUCCCUUGCCAGAGUUCAGAGCAUCGUUCAAGUGAAGAAUGUCACUAAGACUGCCUCAGCCAUGCAGCAUGUCCUAGACAACAUCUUCACUCCAAGCCGUGGCUCCAGAAAGAAAGCAUCGAAGGUCAUGGUGGUGCUCACUGACGGUGACAUAUUUGGGGACCCUCUCAACCUUACAACUGUCAUCAACUCCCCAAAGAUGCAGGGUGUUGAGCGCUUUGCCAUUGGGGUGGGCGAUGCAUUCGAGAAAGCUAAGACUGAUAGAGAACUGAAGCUGAUUGCAUCCGACCCCAAGGAGACCCACACCUUCAAGGUGACCAACUACAUGGCUCUGGAUGGGCUGCUGAACAAGCUGCCACAAAGCAUCAUCCACAUGGAAGGCACAGUUGGAGAUGCCCUUCAAUACCAGCUCGCACAGACUGGCUUCAGCGCCCAGAUCCUGGACAAGGGACAGGUGUUGCUUGGCACUGUGGGAGCCUUUAACUGGUCUGGUGGUGCACUGCUCUAUGACACACAGAGUGGUCGUGGCCGCUUCCUAAACCAGACAGCUGAGGACUCAGGGGCUUCACAGUACAGCUAUCUCGGUUAUUCAGUGGCAACGCUACACAAGGCCCGUGGCUUCUCCUACAUGGCAGGAGCUCCAAGGCACAAGCUGCGUGGGGCUGUAUUUGAGCUCCAGAAGGACAGAGAGGCUACCUUUGUGCAACGGAUGGAGGGAGAACAGAUGGGAUCCUACUUUGGCUCUGAGCUGUGCUCUGUGGAUAUUGACAUGGACGGAACCACGGAUUUUUUGCUGGUGGCUGCUCCAUUUUACCACGUUCGUGGAGAAGAAGGCAGAGUCUAUGUGUACCGUGUGCACGAGCAGGAUGCUUCCUUCUCCUUGGCACACAGACUGAGUGGGCAUCCUGGGCUCACCAACAGUCGCUUCGGCUUUGCCAUGGCAGCAGUGGGGGAUAUCAAUCAAGACAAAUUCACAGAUGUGGCCAUUGGGGCCCCUCUGGAGGGCUUUGGGGCAGGUGAUGGGACCAGCUAUGGCAGCGUGUACAUCUACAAUGGACACUCAGAUGGCCUCCGUGCCAGUCCUUCCCAGCGGAUCAGAGCCUCCUCGGUGGAUUCGGGACUCCGCUACUUCGGCAUGUCCGUGGCUGGUGGCUUAGAUUUCAAUGGUGAUGGCCUGGCUGACAUCACGGUGGGCUCUCAGGACCGGGCAGCUGUGCUUUGCUCACGACCUGUGGUCGACCUGACCGUGUCUGUGACAUUUGUCCCCGCUGCACUGCCCAUGGUCUUCAGUGACAACGUGGACGUAGAACUGUGUUUUGAAGUUGGCUCUUCAAGUACAGCCUUUAAGCCAGGCCUUAAAGAGAUGUUACUCAACUUCACUGUGGAUGUGGAUGUGACCAAGCAGAGGAAGAGGCUGCAGUGUACAAACACGAGCAAUUGUCAGAGCUACCUUAGGAAGUGGAACGGGGAGUCCUCUCUGUGUGAGAGCUUCUGCCUUGUCCCCACGGAGGAGAAGCUUUGUGAUGGGGACUGCUUUUCCAACAUCACCAUCAAGGUUAGCUACGAGUUUCAGACACAUGGAGGAAAGAAGGACCAUCCCAAUCCCAUCCUGGACCACUACAAGGACCCUUCUGCCAUCUUCCAGCUGCCCUAUGAGAAGGACUGCAAGAACAAAGUGUUCUGCAUUGCUGAGGUCCAGCUGACCACCGCCAUCUCUCAGCAGGAACUGGUGGUGGGUAUCACAAAGGAACUGACCAUGAACAUCAGCCUGACUAACUCCGGGGAAGAUUCCUACAUGACAAACAUGGCUCUGAAUUAUCCUAGAAACUUACAGUUUAAGAGGAUACAAAAGCCACUCUCUCCAGACAUUCAGUGUGAUGACCCCAAGCCAGCUGCUUCUGUCCUGAUCGUGAACUGCAAGAUUGGUCACCCCAUACUCAAGAGAUCAUCUGCAAACGUCUCAGUAGUUUGGCAGCUAGAGGAAAGCAUCUUUCCAAAUAGGACAGCAGACAUCACUGUGACCAUCUCUAAUUCCAAUGAGAAGUCUCUGGCCAGAAAGACCCACAGCCUUCAAUUCAGGCAUGCCUUCUUUGCAGUUCUUUCUAGACCAUCAGUGAUGUACAUGAACACAAGCCAGAGCCCUUCUGACCACAAGGAAUUCCUCUUCAACGUACAUGGGGAAAAUCUCUUUGGAGCUGUAUUCCAGUUGCAAAUUUGCAUCCCAAUCAAAUUACAAACUUUCCAGAUUAUAAGAGUGAAGAAUUUGACAAAGACUCAGGUCCACACUGAGUGCACGCAGAGUCAAGAGCGCGCGUGUGGAAGCGAUCCUGUUCAGCAUGUAGAAGAGUGGCAUUCAGUGAUCUGUGAUAUCACAUCUGAUAAAGAAAAUGUAACUGUGGCUGCGGAGAUCUCCCUGGGCCACACUAAGCAGCUACUAAGAGAUGUUACUGAGCUGCAGAUCCUCGGUGAAAUAUCUUUCAACAAAUCCCUGUAUGAGGGGCUGAGUGCAGAGAACCACCGAACACAGAUCACCGUCAUCCUCCUGAGAGAUGAGGGGUCCCACUCUUUGCCUCUCAUCAUUGGCAGCAGUAUUGGAGGCCUCCUGCUCUUGGUUGUGAUUAUAGGCAUUCUAUUCAAGUGUGGCUUUUUCAAAAGAAAAUAUCAACAGCUGAACUUGGAGAGUAUAAGGAGGACCCAGCUGAAGGCUGACAGUCUGCUGGUGGCAGAUUAGAGCCUGCUUCAGUCCCAGAGCCUAGACACUUGGUGUCUGCCUCAGGAUGACCUGGGAACAUGGAACAGAGUGUUGUUCACAGCCACACAUUGUCCCCAUAUUUGUGUUUGUGUGCUGUGCAAAAGGGAAAAUUGGA